UCGCGCAUGCGCAUCGCGUAAAACGAGAGCUGGACGAAACCGUAAUGGCGAGCGUCGGUGUACCGGACGCCAGGGAGCUAGAGGGAAGGAAAGACGGAGAGAACCGUCCGUCUUCCCAAUCCCGCGAUUUCUUCUGGGACUCGGUCACGCUCUUCGUGGUCGGCGCCAUACUCGCCCUAUCGGCGAUCGACGUCGUCUCGGAAUUCAUCCGCAGAUCCGAAGUCCAGUGUUUCUUCGACCGCUCAGCAGUCAAUGAAUCCUUCGAGAAUGUGGGCGAGUACGUAAACGAAAGGUGCGCAGCGAGCCUCCCGCCGGCCGAGUAUCUCCCUGCCUUCAUCGCCGUUCACGCCAUCCUGAUCCUGGCCCCGCACUACAUCUGGCUGAAUAUUUUCGGUGCUAACCUAGACUAUUUCUUCCACCUGGUGACUGGGCUAGUGCGGACCCGUGAGCCGAGCACGGGCGACUAUCCAGAGAGCAACUACGUCAUCUCGAAACAACUGGACGCCUUCUCCAGCGGCACCCACCGCACCAACUCCAUGUACAAACUCUAUCUCCUAAAACUCGCCACCCAAGUAAUCCUUUGCUUGGGAGGUUUCAUUGUGGCAAUUGUGAGUUUUGGUGAUUUCAACGAAACCUUCACUUGUCCGGCUAAUGAAGGUGAAAGCCUGAGUUACGAUUGGCCGCUGACUGGUGAGAGUGUGACAUGUGUCUUCACAUCUCUCCGUCUCUUGCAUAAGAUCUGGUUGAUAUACCUUGUCCUACUUCUGGUAGCCAUUCUUUGCCUCACGUUGGCUUUCGUCUGGCUACUCAAAGACCGCACAAAAGAGCUUGGACUUAGAAAAGUUGCGAAUUUUUCUUUCCAGACGUCCCUCCCUUUUCAUCAUUACAUCCCGCAGCUUACGCUCUUCAAGAAGCUUUCUGGUCUCCCUCCUACUAUCCAUAGUCUUCUGUCGUAUUUCCCAUCCUACUCUAUUGGCUCCAACAGUAGCUACCGCAUUCAGACGGACUAUGAUUUCCUCCUGGUCAAGUUGUUUCGUACUGACGGUGGUCUGGCCCAGGUACUGAGAGAGGUCCACCUACUGAGACUACUGAAGGAACUGAAUAAUGUCGAACUGGCAAGAAUCAGCAGUCAUCAGACCAAUAUCAGAGAGACAGGAAAGGUCAGUACGCCGACAGUUCUAAAGGACGAUAUUGGCUGGAGAGAGUUCGAAAAAGUGGUUGAACAUGAAACGGUGAAUGUUGACACAGCACUGUUACUUCCACCAACUGUCAGAGGAGUGAUGUUGGGUCUAUCAGCUCGUUGUGUUGGCAGUCAUCCUCCCCCACCACAUCCCACUAACAAACUGCUCUGUGGUGCUCUGUGCUUUGUGUUUGACUCCGAGUCCAUUGGCUUUGCUGGAGCAUUGGCCAGAGUGUUUGAAAGGGUGGCAGUGAUAAACUUUAGCAAGUCGUAUGCAGACUAUGAAAAUCCGGUGCAUGUCAAUGUCAGCAACUCCUUCCUCGUUAGUAUGACGGCCCCACAUGAUAUUGUCAUGGCAAACUAUGUGGUCCAGACAAACAAGGAGGCAAAGGUAACAAAGCCACAGGAAGCUUCCGCAAGGUUUUUUCACUUUGUGGACGAGGUAUGGAGGCGUGACCACAUUUACCAUAUUCGUAAGAGGGAGCUGAUGCAAGCAAGAGGAGAGAAGUAUACUGUACCCGAGCUUCCCCAGUUUCUUACCGACUACAUAGUUGUUGGACCAACCUCCUCUGAUCUUCAAACACACACUGUGGACAUGUUCUUGAAGAAAAAGAGCCGCUACAUAUCAACCAAUGCUGUUUUGUUGUACGUUACACCUCUGGAGGUCUCCGGAGUGAAGGUGAAACAAGAGAGCCAGCUGGACCCCUACACACCCUUCAAGUUCAGAGAGCUACCACACAAAUUCCCAGACCCUUCCGAUGUUGAAAGAGUGAUGCCCACUGCCUAUUCUUCCUGGCCGCAGAAGAUCUCUGCUUCAGACGUAACCCGCCUAACACCCCACGAGUGUUCUGCGAGCAACGAUUGGGUGGUGAAAACGGGGGAAACUACAAGCAAGAUUCAGUUCAGAGUGUUUACACGCGAAUCGUCCAUUCUGCCACCUACCACCAGUGCCACAGCAGCCACACAAAGCCCAACAAGUGCCACACAAGGCCAAGCCACAGCCACACAAAGCCAAACAAGUGCACCACAGGGACAAGCUGCAGUCGUAAAAAGCCAAGCCGGUAGUACGUCUAGUGUCAAGCUUCCAAAGAAGGCGACUAAAGACCCUUUUGAAAAAGAUGAAAGUGAUACAUGCUCAUGUUGACUGGAAGCAAACACACGAGCAUGGCAUUUGAUAGAUGCAAUUGUACUGUGUAUGAUGUACAUGUAUACUUCCCAUGUCAUGUCGUAUAUUCUAUCAAAAUAGUUAGGAAAAUCUGAUUUGCUCUCAGACCACAUAAUUAUGAAGCAUUUUUAAUAACUUAAUGCAUUCUUACAGUCAUUAUUGAUGAACUUGUGUCUUUCACUGUAUAUUGAUUAUAUUUAUCUCGGUUUCUGAAGUAGCUUUAACUUUACAUCUCAGUAGGAACCCUGUAAUGGUCCUCGUUGCCACACAUGGGGCAUACGGGCCUGCAUGCACACUUUGAGCAAUAGAUGUACUCAUUUCCGUUGCUUUCACAUUCAGUGCAGUUGUUCUUCCAGGGACGGUUUUUGAUCUCUCGGUCAUUUUCGCACUUGUGAGGAGCUUCUUUGGCAUCAUUGGCACAUUGUAUUUCUGUAACGGUUUGUGGUUUCUUGUCAGUACCAGUGGCUCCUGAAGCCUU